GGUUCUAGCCCGCUGCUGGACGCAUAGAAAAUUUUCGGCUAAAAUCCCUACCACAAUGAGAGACCUCUGAACGAUCGUUCGUCCGCGCGUACAAAAUAAUGAAACGCGUCUUCCGCCACGAUCGCGAUCGCUCGACUCCGCAACCAGACGCGCGAUUCUGAAAGGAAAUAAACCAACGAACUCUCUACGAUUUCUUCGUACGAUCGGGUGCUUAAAAUGGGUGCCAUGAUCGAACUGUUUCUGUUGUCCGUGCUGUGCGCGAGUGUCGGUACGGUGCAGGGCGCGUGCAGACACGUGCCCAACGACGACAUGGUGGAGUACUCGUGCGAGGGCGGUCGGAUGUCCGACCUGGACGGUCUUCCGGCGUCGACGGGAAAAAUUCGUAUCUCGAACAUGCCGAUCCCGAUGAUAACGAGGGACACGUUCUCGAGAUUCGGCUCCGACCUCUGGGUCCUCGGCUGCUCCCAUUGCGGGAUCAGGGACAUCGAACCGGGAGCGUUCCACCAUCUGCAGAAUCUCCAGCAACUGAGUCUCGACAACAAUCGUCUCUCCACUCUCAGGGAUUCCUGGUUCAGAGGUCUGGACUACCUGACCUACCUGGACCUGAACUACAACGCCAUAGGAUCCAUCGAGGACGGCGUAUUCCAGACGCUGCCCAGCUUGGUCGACCUGAGACUCUCGGGCAACCGGCUGGAGUGCCUGAACCUGGAAGCCGUGUCCAAGCUGAAGGAGCUGAGGAGGAUGUUCUUGACCGAGAACUCCCAGUUCAAGUGCCCGAACGCCGUGAGCGCUUACUUCGAAAAGAAUGGGGUGAGCUUCGAGAAGGACCCCGAGUGGAACAGGAUCGCCGAGGACCUGAUCCCGGCGGGUCUCCCGUACGACGACCACCGCGACAGCACCACGGCACGGUACACGCCUCUGCCCGCGUACCGAGAACGCCUGCAUCCACCAUCGCCGACCCCGAGCCCCGAGCCAUCGACUCCCUCCUACCUAUCGCAGAGGGUGCGAACCACCGAGGAGGUAAUCUACCGUCCGUCCUUCCAGCCUCCGGAUUGGCGAGCCACGACGCCGUCCGUCCCCGCGACGGACGACUACGAGUACUACGACGGAGAGGAUAGCGAGGAGACGAGACCGCCGUACGUUCCACCGCAGACCAUAGCGCCCGUGGAAUCCGUCACGAUCCAGCAGCAGUCUGGCGUCGACGAGACGACCCUGAGAACUUGGCCGAGAAUCCCCGAAUAUUCGAACGGCCUGUACCCACCCCAUGCCAACGAAGACGGCGACUACAGGCAGCCGUCCUACUCGACCGAAGCCGGCCCGCUCCCGUUGGCGACCGUCCAAGAUCAAAUGCCGCCGUUCGCGGAAUCCGAUGUGGGCCAAACCCCCAGGUUGACCGCGAACGACUGGCAGCGACAACCCGACCGCCACCGCCCCCCGGCGGAGGUGCUCCCACGAAUGCCGGACACGGAGGACUGGCAGCAACAACCCGACCGUCACCGCCCCCCGGAGGUGCUCCCACGGAUGCCGGACACGGAGGACUGGCAGCAACAACCCGACCGCCACCGCCCCCCGGAGGUGCUCCCACGGAUGCCGGACACGGAGGACUGGCAGCAACAACCCGACCGUCACCGCCCCCCGGAGGUGCUCCCACGGAUGCCGGACACGGAGGACUGGCAGCAACAACCCGACCGCCACCGCCCCCCGGCGGAGGUGCUCCCCCGGAUGCCGGACACGGACGACGCGAAUCGGGUGGUCGCGCCUCCGGAACCCGAGAUGCCGACGCUGGUCCAACCGGCCACGUCCGACAACGUCUACCAAGCGCCUUACUACGAACAGGCCGUCACCGUUCAUUCCAGCGGCCCCGUGAUCGCCGCGGAGGGCCAGACCACCACGGACAAACCGCUGCCGGAGUGUCCCAUGCCGAACUCGUCGGCGACCGGCCGACGGUCCUUGGAAGUGGUGGUUCUGUCGGUGCUCGUGGUCCUCGCCGGCCGCGCCUUUGUGGAGGGAUUUUAGCGAAAAGUCGUAGCCAACGUCCAUAGUUAUCUCCGUCGAACCGAAUCGCUAGCGCGAACCCCGUGCACGGGCAUUUACGUCGUAGCCUACCGUUCUCUAAUGUUAUUCAUGGGACGCUCAGGAUGACGUCCAUUAAACGAUUGAUCGUUAGCACCGGACUGGGUAAUUGGUGUGCAGCUGGAUUCGCCGUUUUCUCUUCGGAACGGAACCGGUCCGCGCUCGUUGGAUCGGUUCUAAUGGAUACCGCCGAGCCUGCAGUGCCGAUAGCUGGGCGAAAGAAGCCGAGGAAGCCGAACGUCUCGAGAAAAUGCUGAAGAUCGAAAACGAGGAGAACGCAGCUGCAAACAAUUUAGCGCUGGC